AUGAAUCCUACGGCAUGUAGAUGCGGCGAGACAAAAGAUCCCGGCUAUUACGACCUGCCAAUUUGGGGCGCGCUAAUCAAGAACACAGCGGAAUGCAUGCCAUACGAAACAGAAGUCGCGAACCAGACCGCAUACGGUACUUUUUGGGAGAUCAACGCGAAGCGCGAGUUCGAAUCCUACCUGGAGGAGUUUAAUAACGCGACGGGCCUUAAUAUUGGCUUCCAGUCCCGACCUCCCGGUGACUAUUUCGACGAGAACAACGCGACGGAAUGGCCGACAGGGGAGGCUCCCGGUCCGUUUGAUUUUUGGAUGGUCGGCGCGGAGGUGUUUGGAGAAGGCAUCGCGCAUGAGGCCUUUGCAGACCUGACAUUUUUGCUCGACCGCGAGGAUCACUACAAGUUCACAGAUAUCCCGCCGGCGUUGAGGUCUGCGGUAUCGUCCGCCUUCACAGGAUCCUACACGGCACUUCCCUUUAUGGUGAUGCCGUGGCUGCUGCUGUACCGGCGUGACGUGUUUAAUGCGUACGGCAUUGCCGUACCACAGACCUGGGAUGAGGCAAUUGCUGUGGCGGAGGAGCACGGCAACGGCAAACUAGGUCCAGGGCAGCCUGACCUGGGGUUUUGCUUUGACAGCAAUUUGGCCAGUGGCAAUGCACGGAGGGCACUUGCAUACAUUUUGGCGUCUGUGGUACAACUUCGUGGACCAAGCCAUGGUUCCUGGUUCGAUCCCGAGGACUUGAAGCCACUGUACGCGACGGAAGCCCUGCGAGAGGCGUUGCGGAUCUUCACAACCCUAAAGCGAUACAGUGUUGAUGACGUUACGGCAUGUCAGGAAGUGUACGACAUGAUGGCAGGUGGCAGGUGUUUGAUGCUUUGGGGCUUUUCCUUCGCUUUCAAGCGCGGCUCCUCCGUCUCCGGCCCCCUCCGCGGCCGACAAGGCGUGGCUGCCGUACCUGGAUCCACCCUGGUCCUGGACCGACCCACGGGUCGCUUGGUGCAGUGCACUCCGGAACUCUGCCCCUACGCCACGCCCAUCACAACCGCCGCCAACAAGAUCGUCGCCAACGCCACCGCAACGAACGCAACUAACGCAACCGUGGCCGCUAACGGAUCCGGAACGGCGGUUACCCUGGUCAACCGUGUCCUCCCCUUAGACUCGGUCAGCUUUACGAUCAACGCCUUUGCGCCGCUGCCCCGGCAGGCAGCGAGCUUUGCACUGCUGCACACCUUCACGUCCCCCUCGCAACGACAAAAAGUCAUGUUAUCCCCUACCUCAGAUUUAGGGCCCCUACGGACUUCGGAGCUCGCAGAGGGCAUCUGGGUGGCGGCGGGGUACGAGCCCGAGGACGUUAAAUCCUUCCUCUCGGAGAGCAGGAGGUACUUCGUCCAGGAGGCCACCGUUUACCAGGAGCUGCGAAUUCCGGGCGUGUUUGACUUCUAUGCCCUCAUACAAACGGUGCUGCAACGAUCCGUCUGGGGCAACUACACCUACGACGAGCUCAUGUCGUACGCUGCUACAACCACCGAGGAUAUCGUACGGCGGGUGGGCGGAAAGGAGUAUCUACUAGAGCUGUACCGCAAGUCCAUCGACUACAGCCCACCUCCGACUGGGAAGCUGUACGACAUGCGGCAGCAACAGCAACAGCAGAAGAUAGUUUUGGUUUCGGUGCUGGUACCGACCGUGACGAUGGUACUGCUGGUGGUGGCGGUGAUGUGGGGAUAUUUGCGCUACAGCCGACUGCGGGCUGCAGCGCGGGCGGCGCUGAGUGCGGCUCCUGGGGCGGGUCCCACCACUACUUUGUUGGUCACUGACAUUCAGGACUCCACCGUGCUCUGGGAGGGCCUACCCGCGGAGGUCAUGGACGCUGCUGUGAAGGUACAUCACCGGGUCGUACGGGAGCUGCUACUGCCGUACCGAGGGUAUGAGAGUGCGACGGAGGGUGACAGCUUCAUAUUAGCCUUUGGGAAACCUGACAGGGCGCUGUCCUUCUCUCUAGCCGCCCAAGAGGCGCUCCUGAAGGCCGACUGGCCGACCCAGCUGAUUACCAAUGAGAGCGCCGCCACGGUUGUCGUACGCUGCGACGCCGCAGCCUGUGCCGCCCUACUGCCGUACAUCUGUCGUGCGUCGCGGUUACGUGACGCACUGGCGUCGUCGCUCGCGCAGGUUGUCGGGGCCGCCACUGCUGGCGGCUGCGUCGGCGGAGACGCUGGCGACGGCUGUGACGGCGCUUCACCGCCGCCGCCGCCGCCGCAUCCGCCGCCUUCUUCGCUUCUCAUGUCGUCGUUCAGGAAGUCUCUGGACCGUCGUCCAGCUAAAGACGAUUUUAACUCUUCCGUGUGCCGUACACCCCGUGCGCGUACGGCAACAAUGGCGACGGCGCUGAUCAAUGCAAUGCGGGCCGCCAGCAGCAGCGAGCGCAGCUGCACCAUUUCCGGUCAUGGCGGCAACAAUGGCGGUUCUGCUGGCGGCGGCGGCGGCGGCGGCAGUGGCAGUGGCCAGGAGCCGGUGCUGACGGAGCGAUUUAGCCCCCAAUCCGCAGAGUCAUUACGAAGGAAUACCAGCGAAAGGACGCGACGGCCGGUUUCCGUCUUCGCCAGGAGACCGGUCAGCGGCGGCGCUGGGCUUGCUGGCGGACGAUCUGGUGUCGCCGGCUCCCCCGCCGCCGCCGCCGCCGCCGCCUGUGGCGGCCGCGCAUCCACGGAUCAGGGCUACUCGACGAGAACAACUCCUGGCUUUCUUUUUAGUACGGAUACGCCGUCGACGUCAGCCACGGAAAUGAGGCCGUCGACGGCUGCGACGGCGGCGGCGGAGCUGCUGUCGGAAACGUCGUACACACCGUCAGCCGCGGCGGCGGUGCUGGAGAGCGAUGGUGACGGCGUCAGCGGCGCCGCCAGUGGCGGCGUCAGUAGCAUGUACGGCGAGGAUCUGGGUCUUUUGCGGCCGUCGGCGGCGUCGGGCUGGCAACGUAUCAGUCGGGCUGGCAACGGCUGGACCGCCAGCGGCGGCGCCGGCGGCGGCAGCGGCGGCACCGCCAUCACUUCAGCGAACCUUGGAGAAGCGCUGGCAAUCAUGUUUCCUUCCGUGCCUGGGUUGAGUGGGUGCGCCGCCGCCGCCGCCGCCGCCACAACAACCAUUGGGUUUGGGGGCGGCGACAUUCUGUUGUUCAGGGGUCUCCGAGUGCGCAUGGGCAUGCACUGUGGUGUUUCGCCUAAAGAGGUGCAGUACAACCGCGCCAGCAGUCGUACAGUUUACCCCGGUCGUACGCUACAGCUAGCCAAAGCCGUAUCGGACGCGGGUCGCGGUGGGCAAAUCUUGAUGUCCAGUGCCGUACAGACGGCCCUCAAAGCUGGCGGUGGCGGCGCAAGUGGCGGCAGCGACGUGCCGUACAUUGUACUGAGUGCUGGGCGUCACCUGUUGAAGGUGGGCACGCAGGUGGCCGAGCUGUACGACGUAUUUCCUCGGGAUUUACUCGCACGCGCCGGGCACAUACCGGGGCUGCGGUCUCUACAGGAUCAGGUUCCCGGCGUGCUGGCGGCACCUCUGGGGCGAGUGGCGAUGGCUCUAGCCCACGUACAGGACUCUGAAGAGUUCGCGGGGUGGGGUUUGGAAGCUUCCCUGGAAGGACAUCGGGCCAUGAGCCGGAUUGCGGCAACACACGUACGACAGCAAGGCGGUUACUUGCUGCGGACUCCUCCUGGCUCCUUCCACGCCGUCUUCACUCGCCCAGCAGCAGCCAUCAGUUGGGUUUUGGAACUGCAGGAGGAGCUCAGUCCUGCUCCAGGGAACCCGUCCACAUCACCACCACCGCAACCACCAGGACCGCAAUCACAACUGCCACAACCACCACCAUGGCCGCUACAACUAACAGCUCCCAGCGUCAACAGCAGCAGCGAUAGCGAUGCCGCGGGUACACUCCUACGAAGGGCUGUUGCCGGGUUCCAACUGUCAACCUUCCACUUCAAAGGCGGUGUCGACGUGGGACCCCUGACGGCGGCGCUCGGUGCUGACGGCGAGAUGUCGUACAGUGGCGGCGCCGCCAAGCGUACGGCGUGCUUGGCCGCGAACGCAACAUGGCAUGAGGUUCUCGUCAGCAUUGAGGUCGCUGGGGAGGUGCUUGGGGAGGACCACCCAGCGGCGGCGGCGUUGAGGAGGGCCGCAGCAGCAGCGGCGGCGCCAUCGUCGGCGCCGCCGGCGGCGCCGUCAUCAUCAUCGUCGCGAGGCAUAACCUCUGGACGCGGCAAGCGAGCUUGCCGCCUGAGGGCCCUUCGUCCUGCGAGCAACAACAACAACAACAACAACAACACUUUUCAUACAUGUCCUAGUCAGGCCUCAGCUGCGGGCCUGUUCAAGCACAUCUCCGGGGGGGCCGAUCCUGCGGCCGAUCUUGGACCAGCGGGACUCAGCUCAUGCCAAGAGGCGGUAACAGAAACGGUUGGGCCCGCGCGGUUCUUUUCUAGCGCUGACACAGCCGGCGGCAGUGCGGACAGACCCAUGGGUCGCGGCCGUGAAUCGGCUGCGGCUGCGGCUGCUGCGGCGGCUGCCGCGGCGAUGCCAGCGGCCUGCACAGGUGACGCAGCUGGAAUGCCAAUGGAAUCGCCAUUCGUGUUCGGACCUGCAGUACGAAUGUUCAAGUUCAAGGGUGGCGUCAUUGAGGCGUGUGCCGUCGCUCUGGCGCGUGACGGUGGCGGCGGCGGCGGCACCGCCACCACCGCCACCACCGCCACCGGCACGGCGUCGUCCUCAUCAUGGGGCCCAUCAGUUGUGUAG